AUCGAUUAACUGACGCUUCACGCAUUCAAUUGCUUUAGAAUCGAUGCGUUCAGUCGUUAUCAUGGAGCCGAGAUUCGCUUUGAUUUUCUUAUUUGCUGUUGCGUUAUUAAAGUACACAUUAAGUGUCUGUGACAGUAGGGCAUGGAUUAUGAGAAGGCGCUUGGGAUACUGGAUCGACGACCAAUCUUUGUGUAUUUCAACAUGCGCUGAGAACGUAUGCGUAGCUUCUUGUAUCGCACCAGGAUGUGUCGCGAAGUGCUCAGGAAUAAUGUGUAGUGCAAAAUGCGAAGGCGAUGGGUGUAAUGCAACGUGCGCUGGCCUCAAAUGUACUGCUACGUGUGAAGGUUUGAAGUGCAGUAAUACGACGAGUAUAUGGCGACGACUAUAAUAUAAUAAUAAAUAAUGAUUUGUACGAAUGUCAUAUAGGUAC